AUUUAAUAAAUUAAUUAUGAGCCACGCCCACCACGUGCAGAAACAUGAACAGAAGUAGAGCUAGUGCCAUCAGUAACUGUGAGAAAGAGUUCACACUAGAAGCAAUUCAAGAAAGAAAAAGGUUGGAUGGUCGUUCUGUGUAUGAUUAUCGUCAAGUGUUCAUCAAACCAUCUCCAGUAACCCAUGGCAACGUACUGGUAACAAUUGGUGAGACAAGGGUGCAAGCUUGUGUUGGGUGUGAGGUGGUAGUGCCACGCCCUCAGAGGCCGACAGAUGGUUUGCUGUAUUUCAAUGUACUUCCCUCACCAAUGGCAGCACCUAAUUAUGACAUUGGAAAGUCUUCUCUAACCAUGAGAGUUGAGAGGUUACUGGAUCGCUGCUUUAAGGAGUCACGAUCACUGGACACUGAGAGCCUCUGUAUAAUAGCAGGACAGAAAGUGUGGUCUAUCAGAGUUGAUAUUCAUAUAUUGAAUGAUAGUGGUAACAUCACCGACUGUUGCGUAAUGGCUUCGUUUUGUGCCUUGAAACAUUGCAGGAGGCCGUAUGUAACAGUUUCUGGUGAACAUGCUACUAUACAUCCAGUAUCAGAACGGGAACCAGUUCCUCUCAAUAUUCACCACACUCCAAUAUGCAUUACCUUUGGGUUUUUAUCAGAAGGUAAUUACCUUCUAGUUGAUCCAAGUAUUGAGGAAGAAAAAGUGCUGACUGGGCACUUAUACAUAGUAAUGAAUAUUCAUAGAGAGAUAUGCACUAUGCAGUUAGAAGGUGUGGCUCUUCAACAUGAAGAGGUAGUUAAGUGUACGAAGAUUGCUAUGACAAAAGUUAACGAAUUAAAUAAAUCAAUUAAUAAAUAUAUGGGGAUCAGGACUAAUGCUAAAAAUAUGGAUGAAGAUGGCCAGUCAAUAUUAACAAAUGUCUUAAAAGAGACUACACUCCAGAUUGAUAAUAUUCAAACAGCUGCUAAUGUACAAGAAGAUAGAAAGAAUGGCAAAGAUAUAAUUCAAGAAGUCCAAGAAGAUGUAUAUGAAAUAAUGUACCCAAUGGAAGAAGAACCACCUGUUACUGAGGAAGAGGAACCGCCAAAAACAAAACCAAGAGACAAAGAUACUGAUGAAGAGGAAGAGGUCACCGUAACACUAACAAAAGAUGAUAUAACUGGACUGACCAGUAUUGAAACUGGACUGACCAGUAAUACUGGAGAACAGACUAGUGUUAACCGGAACAGCAAUAAAGAGACAAGUGGAACCAGAGGAAGGAAGAGAAGGAAAAGGAAGUGAUUUCAUUUUGUUGUUGCUGUUUCUGUUCAUGAGAUCAUUUUCAAAAUAUUUUGAUUUUAAA